AUGUUGGAGCUGCCCCUGGUGAAGGGGGACCCCUUCCACCAUGUCAUGGAGGCGAUCCUCGACCUGUCCGAUGUGGCCCACGUCGUGUGCACCACAAGGGGCUUGAACCUCCUGGCCGUGGACACCAAACACUUAGCGAUCGUCUCGCUCCUCUUCCCCGCCGAGGACUUCAAGGGCUACACCUGCGACGAGUACAUCUCCAUUGGGAUCCCAAUCCGCGACUUGGUCAAUGCCAUCCGCUGCGGCGACGACAAAGACACCAUCACCCUCAAGGUCGGCGAAGAAAACUUCGGCACCAUUACCUUAUCAUUCGUGUCGCCCGAGAAGAACACUGUGGAUUACGAAUUCCGGCUUGUGGAUGCCAAACUCGAGCGCUUUCGACUCCCAGAUAGGCAUUUUUUGAGAUCCAAGUACCAGGGCUCUGUCAAAAUGCCAUCUGUGGAGUUUAGGCGGAUCUGCAAGUGCCUCAGUAACUUCGGAGAUGAAUAUGGUGUCAUCUCGGUGACUGACGAGGACCUCACAUACUUUGCUAAGGGAACAGAUGGGGACGUCUACGUGGAGUACAAGCAGCAAGAAGAAGAUACUACUAUCUUUAAAAUAGAUGUGCGAGAACCAGUUAGACUGGCCUUUAAUCCGAAGUACUUGAACACCUUCGCCAAGGUGUUCACCCUCUCUGGUCAAGUGAAGCUCUUUCUCUCGAAGACACAUCCCCUCAUGGUCGAAUGCAAAAUUGGACAGAAGGGCCGCAUCAGAUGUUUCGUGGCACCAAAGGUGGAACCAGAGUUCCAAGGGGAAGAGGAAAAGAAAGAGGCCCAAAAAGAAGAAGUUAUCAAUGUAGGCAAGAUGGAAUCUGAUACCGAUGCAAACAAGAAUAAGAAGAGAAAGAGAAAGCUAACUGAUGACUAG